UGAAGAAAGUAUCACGAUAUAUAAUUAUUAUUUCAUUGAUCAUCAGCAGAAUUUGUGUUUUGUUGUGGUUUACCGAUUUAUCUGGACAUCUUUUUUACGUCAACUUGUGAACGUAAGCGAUCUCUCCAGGUUCCAGCCGGCAAGCUACACGUCUGUAUCCGUGGGCCGUAUACGUGAGUCAUUCAAUAAAACAGCAAGCAAACAUUUAAACGCGCAAUUGUGUAGCCUUGACCAGGUAGCGGAUAAACAAAAAAACAUGUCUGACGAGAGAUAUGACUUUGUGGUUUUGGGUGCCACCGGGUUUACGGGGCAGUUUGUUGUCGACGAAGUAGCAAGAGUUGCAGACCAAGAAAAACUCAAGUUUGCAGUUGCAGGGAGGUCCAUGGAAAAACUGCAGAAGGUCUUGACGGAAUCGUCACAAAGGACAGGCAAAGAAUUAGAGGAAACCCCCAUCAUUAUUGCUGAUGUGAAGAAUGUUUCUUCCUUGGAAGAAAUGUGCAAAAAAGCAAAAGUGGUUCUCAACUGUGUAGGCCCUUAUCGUUUCUAUGGUGAAGACGUAGUUAAAGCCUGCAUAGAAAAUGGUGCCCAUCAUGUUGAUAUCAGUGGGGAGCCUCAGUACCUUGAGAAGAUGCAGCUACUGUACAGUGGAAAAGCCCGGGAGGCAGGUGUUUACAUCGUAGGGGCAUGUGGGUUUGACAGCGUGCCCGCAGAUAUGGGUGUAGCCUUUGCAACUGAACAGUUUAAAGGAGAUCUGAAUUCUGUUGAACUGUUCAUUUCUUUGGAAGCUGGGCCAGAUGGUCUGGCCGGCAAUGUGACAACCCUGGAAAGUGCCCUGCAUGGUUUUGCCCACGCGGCCGAGCUGAAACCACUGCGCAAAUCUCUCUACCCAAACCGUCUGCCAAGGAGCAAAUACCCGCUAAAAACUAGGAUGGCUGGUUUCAUGCCAGAUGUUCAGAAAUGGUGUCUGAUAUUCCAAGGCAGCGAUCGAGCAAUCGUGAACAGAAGCGUCAGAUACAACUAUGAAGUCAAUCUUCAAAGACCGUUUGAAGUGGCAGCUUAUGCCUGUGUUCCGAAUUUCUUCUAUCUGGCGGUCACCCUGCUGUUUGGACUCAUCGUUGGCAUCUUGGCAAAGUUCAGCUUUGGACGAGCUCUCAUUCUGAAAUAUCCACACAUAUUUACCUUUGGUGUGUUCAAACAAGGAGGACCUUCAAAGAAACAGAUGGAGACAGGAACAUUUAGCAUCACAGUGGUCGGGAAGGGUUGGAAGGAAAAGCUUCCUGAUGCCGACACAGAGCAUGACACAGCCCCUGACACCCAGAUGAUUGUGCGGGUGUCGGGCCCGGAAGCGGGAUAUGUUGCCACGCCCAUUGUAAUGGUUCAGUGUGCCUGUACUCUGCUGAAGGAAAUCUCCCAAGACAAAUUUAGGGGUGGUGUGUACACAACAGCCAUGCUUUUCCGAGAAACAAGUCUGAUUGAACGACUCAUCAAAAACAACAUCAAGUUUGAAGUUGUGAAGGAACAAUUCUCACUGUGAACAAUAGAUGGGCCCAAAUUAUUGUCCCUUUGUGAACAAUAACUGGGCCAAAAUUAUCGUCCCUCUGUGAACAAUAGCUGGGCCCAAAUUCUGGUCCCUCUGUGAACAAUAGCUGGGACCUCAAUAUCAACACUAGUUUUAUCUUGCCCAUCUAAUGUCAUUCGCCAUGACAUAAGUGAGAAUUUUGUAUGUAAACUUCUUUUUAUACAAGCUAUGUGCCUUUGUGUAAAAAACAAUGAAGAGUAUGUAUAUAAUACUUAAGUAAAAUAACUGAGCCUCUUUGGAUUGAUAAGUCAUAAUUUGUAAAGCUUUCUCAACCUGUACUUUGAGGUACACUAUAAGGUACCUGUAUACUAUUAUAUGUAUAUACUAUAUAUAAUUAUACUAAUAUAUGUGAUAUUAACUAUCUGUAUAUUCUAUAAAUUUUUGCAAUCAAAAGUCACACCGUAAUUCAAAAGCUUUCUGAUUAUUUACCUUGAGUUAUGAUAUAAGCUACCUGUACAUUCAAAUAAUAUGGGCAAUCAAAAGUCGUUAUUCAAAAGUUUUCUUAAUCUACAUUGUUUAAGUAACACUAUUUACUACAUGUAUAUUUUUGAUAAAGCCAAAGAUAAUUGCUAGUAUAUACAUGUAAUAAGUCACAUGAUAAUUAUGAUGUAAGUGGAAAACACCGAGUCCCAGUUUUCUGUGGCUAAAAAUAGAAUGGAGGCACCCAUGUGUGACAAGUAUUUAAUUUAAUAUAAAUGUACAUUUAAGUAAGUGUUUCAAUAAUGUGUAUCUUAUUAGUUUAAUUGAAGAUUGGAUGCACACUUGUGUAUAAACAUGUUAAUAUUAUUCGUUUGUUAUUGUGAAUAACUGAAACAUAUUAAAUAACAUGCCCAAACCCUGAAAAUAGCAAUUCAGAAUAGCAGAAGACCUGAUUGAUAUCAACCAUUUGGCUUAUAAGAAUUAUUUUUCGGUAGUAUAACUUCGAUAUAUACACAAAAAUGCAUAGUGUCAAAUUUUACAUUGUUUUCUUUGUAUAAGGUAGGAACAUUAUUGUUGUAAUUCUUUGCAUUGAACAUUGCUUCCUUAUUUGUACAUGUAUUCGUUUGUUUAUUACUGUAUAUGACUUUCUAAAUAACGAUUGUUCUUACUUUUACAUUUAUUAGCUUAUUUGUGACUUGCAACUGUUGAUGUAUCGCUACAAAGAAUAUAAAAGAAAACAGUU